UGAAUAACUGUCUUAAGAAUGCUCUUACCCCCCUGUCUGCAGUCUCACCAGUCACAGAUGAUUCCAUGGAUCUGUCUAAUGUGCCACCUGAGUACCUGGAUCUCAAGGUGUUCCGUGUUCAGUAAAGCCUGUGCAACCUCCCUGCCACCACACCGACCCUAUGAUCUGGCCAUCGAUCUUCUACCUGGUACGUCACCUCCUAGGGGCUGUCUUUAUUCCUUGUCUCCUCCCGAAACCGAAGCUAUGAACAAAUACAUCAGUAAAUCACUAGCUGCCGGUAUCAUCCGCCCCUCUUCCUCACCUGCUGGUGCCGGGUUUUUCUUCGUAGGGAAGAAGGACGGCGCCCUGCGUCCGUGUAUAGACUAUAGGGGCCUGAACAACAUCACGGUGAAAAACCGCUACCCUCUGCCUCUGAUGUCCUCAGCAUUUGAGCUGUUGCAGGGGGCCAAGAUUUUCAGCAAGUUGGAUCCCCGCAGUGCUUACCAUCUGGUCCAAGUAAGGGAGGGGGAUGAAUGGAAGACUGCAUUUAAUACUCCUUCAGGUCACUAUAAGUACUUAGUCAUGCCAUUUGGUCUCACCAACUGCCCAGCCGUGUUCCAGGGUCUGAUUAACGAUGUCCUGAGGGAUAUGCUUAACAAGUUUGUUUUUGUUUAUCUAGAUGACAUUUUAAUGUCCGUAGUGUCCUGCAGCGCCUUUUGGAGAAGCUCACUCCCACUGAGCGCAACUACAACAUUGGAGACAGAGAGCUAUUGGCAGUCCUGCAAUGGGGUCACUCAUCCAAGCUGGCCUGUCACCCGGGUGUCAGACACCAGAACGAAGGGUCAGGCAGACCGUCGCCGCAUCAGGGCUCCCCACUACUCCCAGGGGCAGCGGGUGUGGCUUUCCACGCGCGACCUUCCUCUGAAGGUGACUUCCCCAAAAUUGAAUUCGCGCUUCAUCGGCCCCUACACCAUCUCCAAGGUGGUCAAUCCCUCAGCGGUUCGCCUGAACCUCCCUCCUGCCCUCCACUGCAUCCACCCCACAUUCCAUGUGUCCCGUGUCAAGCCCUUCUUGUGCAAGCGUCUGGGUCCCAACCCCGACCCCAAACCCCCGCCACCCCCCAGACUCGUUGAUGGGUCCGAGGUUUACACAGUCCGCCGCCUGCUCGACGUCCGCCGUCGGGGUCGGGGCCACCAGUACCUGGUGGACUGGGAGGGCUACGGUCCCGAGGAGAGGAGCUGGGUCUCUGCCCGGAACAUUGUUGACCCCUCGCUCAUCAAAGACUUUCACCGUCAGCACCCUGCUCCUUCCACGGUCAACGCCAGGGGGCGUUGGUAG